AUGCGUGAUGCGCGCUGCGUCGCUACUUUGGCAUCGCGUACGGAUGCGCUGAAUGCUUCUUCCCUUCUGCUUACUUUCUACUCCCUUAUCCACUUCCCCCCCCCCCCCCCCCCCGCGGAGCUGCUGUACCUGCGUAAUGCUCUGUUGAGCUCCUUCACGCAUCGAAGAGAGACGAGUGCUGACCGCCCUCGCUCCCCCUUGACCAACCGACUACCCUUCCCCCCUCCCGACCAGGAGAGAGCAGACAAAAAGCCCUUUACUCCUGCAGAGGUGAGCCAGGCCAUGAUAGAUCGUUGCUACCGCACGCUUGGUCUUAAUCGUGGCGCCGCCGAGGCGGAUAUUAGGAGGGCCUAUCGCAAGAAAGCUCUGCUGCUUCACCCAGACCGAAACCCCAACGGUGCUGAGGCCUUCAAGUUACUCCAGGCCCAUUACGAGGAGGUCCUCACAGACGUGAAGCGGCGAGGCGCCUACGGGGGCAGGGCGCCACCUUUUUCCUCGUCACCGUCCUCGGCCGCGCCGGCAGCCGGUGCCGCGUAUCGCUUCGCACGAGCGGCCGGCACUGCACGCCCGCCCUAUCCCCCCUCCCCCACUUCUUGCUUCACGGAGAAGGAGCUAUUUGGUGACUCGAUCCCUGGUGGUUGGCGUGACGUCUGUGCGCGACGCGGUGCGCCGGCACGAGGAAGCAGCAAGGCAGGCAGCCGAGGCGACACUGAGGGUCACUCAGAGGAGAUAAACGGCUGUCGCAGCGCCGUCAGUGAAGAGGCUGCUGCGGCCGACGCGCGAUGGCGCCGCGCGCAUGGGACACGUGUGCCCGUGAGUGCAUACGAGACCAGCGCUCCGGCGCCACAUCCUACGCCCCUAUCACAGCCGGCACCAUCUUCGUUUUCCUUCAAAUCGACCGGCACACACCAGCGCGUGUCUUCCGCUGCGGCAGGAGUCUCUUCGUCGACUCAGGCGCAGUGGGACAGCUUUCUCUCACGGGAUCAUGCGUGGAAGUCAUCUCCCGCUGAGGCACCGUCGUUCCGUGACAAGGGUGAGGCCAGAGGCACCGACAGAGUCAGUGAAUCGCGGGGUUGUGAUGACGAUGCCAAUCAGAACUGCGAGCCCGCGAGCGGCAGUGACAGAGACGAGUCUGCCGCGGAUCGCGCCUAUCGCGAGGCCAUGUUUCUACACCGCCGCAUGCAGGAAUUUUCGGCGAAAGAGAGAAACGCAGCUGCUGAGCAUACGCGGACAUACUCACAGUCCUCCCGCGCAUUCUCAACUGAGGGGGUGCACGUCGGCAGCACUGCCACCCACUCUACCGAACAAGUGGGCUAUCACCAGCGGAACGACCUUAACACGAGUGCCAGCAGCGGCGCGAAGGACGAAGGCCACGAGGCGAAGUUCACUAAAAAGGAGACGUUGCACCCGCAGUGUCGCGACGUGGAGGCGACAUCGCGUCAUAAACCAAACGACGGCCGCGCAGCCACCUCGUCCGACGACGACAACGAUGAUGCGUCAGCUCACUCCGACAAGUGCAGCGGUGCUCAUGACUCUGAUGUGGGGUCGGGGCCAUCAGCGGCACUCCUGUCGGGGGCGUCUUGGAACGAUGAGCCUCGUGCAGGCGACAUGUUCCCAGCGAAGCAGAGCCCAGUGCCGUCCUCGCACAAUGAUGAGCGGCUCAAGAGAGACUCCGCCCAUCGACAUGCGAUCCUAGAUGAGCGCCGUCUCCUGCAGAAGGAGUACUUUCGCUACCGCUAUACUCCCAACCCGGCCGACGUGGCUGAGAUGAGCGACAUGGAGGUGUACCUGUUAGCGUCUCUCUCCGAGGACAUCUAUCACAAGAUGCAAGCUGUCAUGGCGGCACGCCUGAGCAAAGGGCCGUGUAGCUGCUGUGCCGCCGCGCCACGAGCGCGGCGGCGUUUGUGCUUUACCUGUACGCACCCCAGCAUCUGUGAAGGCUGCUGCGCGUCAGGGGUCUCCAAGUGCCCUCUCUGCGGAGCUGCGCGGGCGGAUCGGCCGAGUCCAGCGCCGCCGCCCAGCGCCACCGCCUUCUCUUCGAUAGAGCAAGUCGGCACCAGCAGUGCUUCUAGCGCCUCUAGAGCAACACGCACUUCAUUGUCAUCUUCCUCCAGGUCAUUGGCAGCAGCGACGUCUAGGCCGGGUCCCAGCACCCCCCCCUCCCUGUGCUUACUGCUGAGGAGACUGUGA